AUGGACAAUCCAAAAGAGCUAGACACUGAACGUAUCGAGAAAGCAAUUGGGCUUGACAAAACGAUCGAUCUCGCCCUAGACAAGCGUCUCAAUCGUAAAUUCGACACCCACAUCUUGCCCUGGUUGUUCGGAAUAUGGCUCUUCUCAUUCAUAGACCGCAGCAACAUAGGCAAUGCUCGUAUAGCAGGCUUGUCAGAUGAGUUAACGAUCACAACUGGCACGCGGUUCAACGUUGCGCUCCUAGUCUUCUACAUCCCGUACAUCAUCGUUGACGUACAUUCGAACCUGCUCGUCAAGCGUCUGCGCGCCGGCAUCUACUUACCCGCUCUUAUAACUUCAUGGGGUCUGGUGUGUACAUUUAUGGGUUUCGUCCAGUCAUUUGCUGGACUGGUUGUAUGCAGGUUGUUGCUAGGACUAUGCGAAGGUGGCAUCCUCGGUGGUGUGAUAAUUUACCUUGCCAUGUUCUACAGGAGAGGCGAGAUGCUAUUGAGGAGCGGUUUAUUCUACUGCGCCGCGCCGUUAUCCGGGGCUUUUGGCGGACUUUUAGCUUCAGGUUUGGCAACCAUCGAGGUUGGGGAGUAUCGGAGAUGGCCUUGGAUCUUCUUUGUCGAGGGUGCGAUCACAGUCGUCUUCGGCAUCAUCUGCUUCUUCUUCAUGCCCGAUACCCCUGCCGCAGCAGGCUUCUUAAGCGAUGAAGAGAAGGAAUGGGCAUUGCGACGUAUGAGGCUUGACGCGGGAGGAUCGACCGAAGUCGAUGUCGAUGAUGAAAGGUCUAGCUGGCAUUGGGUCAAGAUGGCAUUGGUAGCCCCACAGACCUAUCUAUCGGCCUUCAUCUGGUUCUUCCUAUUGGUGCCACUAUAUAGCUUCUCACUGUUUCUACCUAGUAUCAUCGCAGGCAUGGGGUACCGAAGCACCACCGCGCAGCUCUUCACAGUGCCUCCCAACAUGGCUGCUUUUAUCACCGUUGUUGGUACGGCGUAUGCCUCGGACAAGCUAAAAACAGGGGUUACUUUAUCAUUGGAGGAUGCUUGGUGGGAAUAUGUGGUUACGUGA